AUGUGGAACAUACUUCAUGUUCUCGUCCCUGCGGCCAUGUUCUUGGGCGGCGUCGACGUCGCGUUCGCUGUAGCAGGAGUGUCCACCUUCAACGAUUACUCUACGCAGACUGGUGUCGCGUGCUCUGGUUUCCAGCCAACGAAUAGCCAAGGAAACGGGAUCUUCGCCGCUGCUAUGAGUGACUUGUCCCCGCUAUGGGUUGGCGCGCGGUGCGAAGGCACAAUGGACGCCAGCAAGUGUAAUGGAAGUGGAUCGUGCGUUGAUUGCGCUGGACCGGCGUGUCCGGACGAGGAGCUCUGCGGCACGUGCUUCAACGUCCGAUGUACUGGCUCGCUGGACGGUGAAGUGGUCGGCGCAUGCACCAACAACACGAUCAAAGUCAAGAUAGUCGACGCCUGUCCUGCUACGCACCCGGAGAAUUUCUGCAAGAUCCCGGAGUUCGGUGGUGUGAGUACACGUAUUAUUGGCGCUCCCCUCUGCGGUCGGUCUGAUCGGUGGACUCAUCUUUGA